AUGAUACCAGUUCGCCGCACGACGGCAACACUGGUCAAGGCCUUCGUGCCGAUGCCAAGGUAUUACAGGCCAUUGACCGGUUUUAGACGAGCUCCUCUAUUUUCCAAUGAGUUUGCGUACAGCUCCAAGUUCAGCACCACCAUUCCUCGUCGUGCGGAUCCAUCGCCUAUCCCUGGAUCACCCGCACCUCUCCCCCCCUCCCGAUCUAGCAUAAUCUUGAGACGUUCUGUCACUGGAUUGAAAUGGGCUGGCUUCCUUAUUGGGAGUUCAGUUCUUGGCAUUGGUUUACUCACUGGCGCGCUCUUUAUUCACGACGUAUUUACUUACAACGACAGACAUCUAGAAAAGGUACCUGUUAAUCCUCUGGCACUCAAACCUGAAACUGGCGGCCCGAAGAACUUGCCCAUUGCUAGCUCACUCGUCGGCGACGAAGAGGAUGAAGAGGCGAAAUACCUGUCAACGAAACCACGCCUUGUCAUUGUUGGUGGUGGAUGGGGGGCUGUCGGCGUUCUCCAAAAGUUGCACCCAGCUGAUUACCAUGUUACUAUCGUUUCGCCAGAGACAUACACGAAUUUUACACCCCUGCUUCCUUCGGCUGCUGUUGGCACGGUUCAAGUUCGUAGCUUGAUUGAACCGCUGCGCAAACUAGUUGCUCGUGUGCAUGGCCAUUUUGUCUGUGGAAAAGCUGUGGAUAUUGCGUUCUCGGAUCAGCUGCUUGAAGUUGAAACUCAAUCAGGAAACGGGACGCGUCGGAUGUAUAUCCCAUAUGACAAGCUUAUUAUUGCUGUUGGCUCGGUUUCGGCUCAGCAUGGGGUACCCGGUCUUGAGAACUGCUUCCAAUUGAAGAACAUCCGUGAUGCUCAAGCCAUUCGCCGACGCAUCUAUGACAAUUUUGAGAUUGCUGCGUUACCCACUACCAGCUCAGGGGAGCGCAAACGUCUGUUGUCUUUCGUCAUUUGUGGUGGUGGUCCCACAGGCGUUGAAACCGCAGCGGAAAUUUACGAUCUCUGCCAGGAAGAUAUUAUGCAAUACUAUCCAAAACUCCUGCGAGAAGAAGUGUCCAUUCAUAUCAUUCAAUCUCGCGAUCAUAUCUUAAAUACCUACUCCGAGAGUAUCUCGCAAUACGCUGAGCAAAAGUUCAAUCGCGACAAUGUCAAUAUUAUUACAAACGCACGGGUCAAGGCUGUUUAUCCAGACCGAGUUGAAUACGAGCAACGCGAACCAAACGGAAAGGUUCUUUAUUCAAUCCCAUCGAACUUUGUCCUUUGGAGCACUGGUAUUGCAAUGAACCCGUUCACCCAGCGCGUCAGCAACUUGUUACCAAAUCAAGUUCACAGGAAGGCGAUUGAGGUCGAUGCUCAUCUUCGUGUGAAAGGAGCACCUCUCGGAACUGUAUACGCAGUUGGCGAUGCCAGCACGAUUGAAACCUCGAUUGUUGGCCAUCUAUUGGAACUCGUCGACGAAGCAGAUAAGAACAAAGACGGUCGUAUUGACUAUGAUGAAUGGGAAAUCAUGGCAACUCGCAUCCGUAAAAAGUUCCCAAUGACAGACCAGCAUAUAGCGAAGCUACGCGAACUUUUUGACGCAUAUGACAAAGACCAUGACGGCAGUCUCGGCCUAAACGAAUUGGUUGUGUUGCUAGAAGAAUUGGGAAACAAAAUCACUGCCUUGCCAGCGACGGCGCAAGUAGCUUCUCAGCAGGGUAAAUAUCUGGGUAGAAAGUUGAGCAAGCUCGCCAGGCAGAAGCGCAUUUUAGCUGCCAACGAUAUUGAUUUUGAUGAUGAUGCUACGUAUUCCGACCCUUUCAAGUAUAAGCACUUGGGGAGUCUUGCGUACAUUGGAAACGCUGCUGUGUUUGACCUCGGAGGUACAUCAUUUAUGGGAGGACUUGCUGCAAUGUAUGCGUGGCGUAGCGUCUAUUGGAGCGAACAGGUCUCGAUGCGUACCCGCGCAUUACUAAUGAUUGAUUGGAUUAUCAGAGGUGUUUGGGGACGGGACUUGUCCAAGCUAUAG